GCCACCCAGUCAGGAGCAGGACGCUAUCUCUGUAAACGGAAAGGAAACGAAAGCUCCAUGUAAGAAACAUAAAGCAACAUGGUUCACAGUCAGGCUGUGCUCAUUUCUUGGAUCUUUCUCCUGUGCUUUGGUGAAGCGUGGUCAUGGGAGGCAGUUGUGGUGAAGAGCUCCGUGUUCGCCCGCUCUGGAGCCUCUGCUGAGCUCUCCUGCAGCUACAGCACACAUGCGUCUCAGGGAUUUACUCUGGAGUGGCGCUACGCUGCCCCCGGAACUCCUGCCAUCCAGGCACAGAGGGUGAUGUACUACAAUGGGCAUCUGUACUGGGUGAACUCUUGGGAGGGGAGAGUGGCUUUAGUGCAGAACCCACCGGUGUCGGGUGUUGCCUCUAUGAAGAUCCUCAGUGUCCAGCCCUCCGACGCUGGCCUUUACAUCUGUGAUGUCACCAAUCCAAAGGACUGGUCUGGCAGUGGACAGGGUCUGAUUAACCUGACUGUGCUAGUGCCUCCAUCUGUGCCUGUGUGUCAGCUGAGCGGCAGCACCUACGUGGGGAAUGAUGUCACUCUUACGUGUGCGAGCUCCCAUGGCGUUCCUACACCCAUCUACUCCUGGAGCCGAGAGAAGAAUGCAGCCCCUCUGCCCCCCAACAGCAUGGUGGAAGAUCAGCGUACUGGUUCUCUUAUGCUGACUAACCUGUCUGCUGCCUUUGCUGGGACAUACACUUGCAGAGCAUCAAAUGAUUUGGGCGAAGCAGGGUGCAGCAUAUCUGUGAAAGUGGCACAUGGUGGCACUGCAGCAGUGGUUGGUGGGGUGCUGAUGGGCAUUUUCCUCUUCGCCCUGCUGAUCGCAGCAGUGGUGGCCUACCUCGUCUGCUACAGGAAGAGAGCUCACCAACGCACUGACAAGAAUGAGAUGAGAGGGAUGAAUGUAGAUCCUGCAGAGUGGCGGAAGUCGUCAAAGGGCCCACUGCUUUCUGGUCAUUCUGACGAUCACCCUUCACUCAGAGUCUCUCACUUCAGCCCACUGGUGUAAGACCACCCCUUCCCUUCAUGACUAAAUGAUUCAUUCAUCAGUAAACUGUUUACUUUAGCUAACAGGAUAUUGGACAAGAGAUUUUUUUGUCAUGACAUUUUUUGUAAAUUUGUUUGUUGUACAUUUGUUGUAACUGUACAUUUUCUAAAAAUAUAAACAACCAUAAUUUCUUUUGUUUGUAUCUGAGGUGUGUAAAACUGCUAAAUAAUUAGUCCAGUGGUGUUUAACAGUGGUCGACUCUUAAAUAGAACAGGAGUAAUGUAAAGUAAAAAAUAUUCAGUAUUAGUUUCAUUCAGUGUACCAAAUCACAUAAAUGACUUUCUGAUCUUCAUGGCAUCACAUUUUGCCUGCAAA